UCAAUCUAUCUAUGCUAUGCAAACUAUGGUGGUAGAAAUGAAAGUAAAACUUCUAAAACUAGUUUAACUUGUUUCAUUUGCAACGAGAGAGGAGAUAUUGAACAACAUGAAAAUCUUCACUGUUCUCCUUUGUUUAAUUCCAUAUGCAGGUGUGCUAGGAUUCCUACAGGUGCAAUGGCUGCGCUGUCGACUGACAGAUGAGUAUGUAUGGACAAAUGCUGAGGGACACAUUGAAAGUAAUAACAGCCACAGAGAUGCCGUGUUGCAGUUUGACAACUCGGGAACAGCGCUUUGUUGUCUGACUCAAUCACAUUCCUUGUUGCAGCAUCUAAGGUGGAUAUGAGGAAGUUUGUGGAGGGUCCGGUGGAUCGACUGCAGUGUGACAUCCACAGGUACAGCAAAGGGAUGAGCCGUGUGCGCUGGCCAAGCCUGGGAGGAAUGGGGCACGACAUCUGGUUCACCUGCACACUGCGGCACACCGCAGGCCUCUUCAACAUCACCUCCUUUCUCAGAGUCACCCCUGCCACGACCAUGUCGGCCCACCAGCCAGACUUCUUCAGCUGGCUCACCAUCGGAGUUAAAGAAAAAUCAGUGCCUCAGCUGUGAUGGUGCUUAUGACCCGCUCUCCAUCCGUGCGGGUGGGCCUGCAGAAAGAGACGACCCUGCACUGUCAGUUUGCCGUGGACCACAAGGUCCCUCACCUUACAGUCGAGUGGCAUUUUCAGCGGCGUGGAGGGCGCCGGACCAAGCUGUUCAGCUACUCCAGCCGCUCAGGUCAGACAGAGGGCAGCGGGGUGGCAGUGAAGGGCAUUGCCGGGGGAUGCCUCCUGACUGUGCCCAUCACCAAGGUGAGCAGUGAGGGGACGUACGUGUGUUCCGUCCGCGUACCCCCACUCAACGGGAGUGUGGACAUUGCGCUGCACAUCAUAGAGCCUCCUGAUGUUUCCUUGACCACAAAGGAGGAGCAGAUCCCCAGCGUAGUGUGUGAGGCUAAUGGCUUUUACCCCUGGAUGUGGAGAUUGACCUUUUCAAGGAGACUAGCAGUGGUCAACGGCCUGAGAAGCUGGGGAACAUCUUGCGCUCUAGUCACCUCCAACAUCAUGACAAUACUCACUCUGUGGCAGCCUUCGUCCGGCUGCGGCCCUCCCCUCAGGACUCGGGGUGCGCAAUAUAUUCCUGUAGAGUGUCACACG